AUGUGUUCGUUGUUUGUAUGCGGCGUCUCCAGCGCCGUAUUAGGCGCUGCAUUAGUUGUUGUGAGUUGCGUAGUUAGUUUCGUAGUUGUUCCCGAUAUCGUAGACAGGAUGAUUAUUGAUGAGGUAGCUCUAGUUAAUAAUACCGAAGCUUUGGAAAGGUUUGAGGAAAUACCUUUCGCACUAUCGUUCAAAAUAAGGAUUUUCAAUAUCUCCAACCCAGACACUGUCCUCGCCGGUGGGGUACCCGCGCUCAACGAAGUGGGUCCUUACGUUUAUAAGUUGUACAAUCGGAGGGAAGUAGAAGAAAUGGAAGUGGAUGUAAUUAAAUACCGGAUGAGAGAUAUGUUCGAGUUUGAUGCUGAAGCCUCUUAUCCUUACACAGAAGACGACCUCGUUACCGUAGUCAACAUUCCAUACCACGGCAUUCUGCAAAUGGCUGAGAAAUUAUUCCCGUACCUCAUGCUUGCGUUGAGUUUAGCCCUAAAUAGCGUAUUCGGGGAACACAAUGGGCCAAUUAUGACGACCCGUGUUGGAGACUUAUUGUUCGACGGCAUUCCAAUAUGCAAGAACCCUGGGAUUAUAGGCGGUGUAGCCUGCGACCAAAUUCGGACAAUUGGCGCUGAUGUAAAGAACUUAGUGGAACAGGAAGAUGGCUCCCUAAUAUUCACUGUUGUCGAUUAUAAACAAGACAAUCCCAGCGAGAUAUUCGAAGUAUUCCGAGGUAUCGAAGACCCCAGCAAGCUCGGCAUUAUCAAAUCGUACAAUGGAUCGUCAUACGUGGACUACUGGGUCCCUCAACGAAAUGAAGCAGGCGACACAUAUCCCGGUAUAUGUAACAUGAUUAAUGGCACUGACGCCGCCAUAUUCCCGCCCUUCGUUGAUAGAGAUGAAUCUAAAUACGCUCUCAAUCUGGACAUUUGUAGAUCGGUAGAAUUGAGGUAUCAAUACGACACGGAGUAUAACGGGAUCCCAGUUGCGAGGUUUGCUGCUCACGAGUGGUUUUUGGACAACGAUGAGGGCUGCUUCUGCCUGAACGUGACUAGCGGCAUUACGAGGGAAAACGGGUGUCUCCUCAAGGGCGCCAUGGAGCUUUAUAGUUGUGUUGGUGCUCUGUUGGUCCUGUCGUAUCCGCAUUUCCUGUUUGCAGACUUCAGAUAUAGGAACGGUGUUUUAGGAAUGCAUCCGAAUUUAGAGGAACACAGGAUUUAUGCGGAUUUGGACCCCUAUACAGGAACAGUGAUCAGGGGCUACAAAAGGGCACAGUUUAACAUAUUCAUGCGACCUGUGACAUCGAUAAGUGCAACAAACAAUCUACGCGUAACGCUCACUCCUGCGUUUUGGGUGGAAGAGGGUAUGUCCUUACCAGACGAAUAUGCAGAUAUAAUAAAAAAUAGAUUGCUCAGUUCCUUAAACCUACUUAGUAUAUUUAUACCCCUUAUCAUAGCUCUAUGUGCUAUUCUUACUGUAGUCGGCUUAGUUAUUAUGGUAUGGGCGAAAAGACGACAGAGAACCAACUUCGUAGCAACGUCGUCGUGAGAAGUUGCAAAUACAUAGUUUAAGUUAAUUACGGAAUAAACGGGGCCUUUGAAAUAAAUUUUAUUUAAGUAAUAAAUGGACUUUUAUAUUGAUUUAUAUUUAUUAAUAAACUAUUUAAAUACU